CCCCCAUGUAAUUUGCUGUUAGCAAGGCUGUCCGAACGAACAGCGAACCAUCAAUGAUUUCAGCACCUUCGAGCUCUGUACUUUUGUGGUAGCGGGCUGGCCUGUUGCCAUAGGGGGUGCUGAAAUGCGCGGAAGAACGUUGAAUCUUGGGUAAGUGGUCGUUGGGAUGGAGGAUGGAUGAUUGAAUGAUGGGUAACAAGGGAUUGGAAUGCUCCUUCUGGGAGACAGAGCCGUCGCUUCCCUCGGACUGUAGAACGGUAAAGUGAGUGGAUGUGGGUACCAAUGAAGGAUUUUGAUUUUCAGGGCUGGGCUACCACGCGCUACCCACCAUGUCAACACUGUCACUAGGUACGCACGCAGGAGCAGCGCCUGGGAGCUCGGCGUCAAGGGUCCGAUCAGCGAGAGCGAGAACAGGCCUGAAGUGACCAUAUGCGUCCUGACCACAAGUCAGCUAACGGAAAGAUAUAAUGGAGAUUAAUUCUUGCAGGAAAAGUUCGCCAGUGAAUCUCUUCGCCUCGUCGAUACCUCCAAUGGCGUACAGGGCGGAGGUCAACUACAUUAACUCCUCCACUUUUCUCUCGAUUUCUCCAUUCUUCGUCAUGUCAAUAAGCCUGUAUAUUUUCAACUUUGAAAUUGUCAUCUCGGAUCAUGCCUGCAAUAAUAUCGAAGACAUGCAUAUCGACCUCAGUUGUCAGUCUCUUAUCUACAUUCGUGUCAGCGAACCUGCUCUCAUGGUUCCCGCGCCACCAUUCAAGAGCGUUAUCGUUCAACCAUUCGUUCACGGCCAAGAAGGUGACCUCGUCGAAAUUGCCAAGAACAUCACCGCAGAAGCCGAGUUGUGGAUCACCGGAAAUGACGAUGCUGCCGGUAUUGGUGCCCUGGGUGUUGCAUCUUGCAUCAUCGCAGAAUCCCCCGAAUACAAGAUCUAUUCGGUAUUGUUCGAGGAUCAUUCGCUGGACAACGACGCUCGCGGGAAGGCCGUGCACGACUCACGCCGCAACUCACUGCUGCUUGAGCAACACAUGAAGAUUACGAAGGACGGUGAAGUCUUCGUUCGCAGGCUCGUCCACGGCGGUGCGGAGGUGAAGGACGCCGUCAUUCCUGCGGCUUCGAUCACCGAAUCUGGAGCGGUCUCUGCAUAUUUCCCGCCCGCGCUGGGGCCAUCCGAAAUCGAAAUCGCUGUCGAAGCUCUUGGCACCGAGGUCAACGCCUCCCCGCAACCUGCCCUUACUGUUGUCGGUCGCAUCAAAUCCACAGGUAUGAAUGUUGCACGUGACGAUCUUGAUGGUCUUGUUGUUGCCAUUGCCUCUCAGUCCCCUGCGGACGUUGUAGUCGUUCCCCAAGAUGCAGUUGUCUCGUUACCGGUUGGUGUCGGCUCUACAGAUGCUGCUUCCUUGACCGCCUCCUUCCUUGCAUCCUGGAUUGGUUUGGUGGUCCGCGGUUGUAUCAAGUCAAGCUCAAUCGUCCUUAUCCACGACGCUACCUCAGCUGCUGGCUUUAGCGCUAUCCAGGUUGCGAAGCGAUUUGGCAGUCGAGUGUUAUGUACUGUUGCAGACAGAGCUCAAGCCGUUGCGGUCUCGUCAAGCAUAGAGGUGCCCAUGUCAGAUAUUAUUGCCAUCGACAAUUUUGCCACCGCCGUACUAGGUUGGCUUCGCUCAAACUCAAUACGUGCAUUCGAUAUUGUGCUCAACGCCGGUGGAAAGAGGGCGUUCGCGCACGGCACAGACCUCCUUUCUGUGUUUGGCUCGUACAUUCACAUUGAAGGAAACGAGUUGUCUCGGAUUCCGUCGGGCUCCUAUUCAACUCAGGUUUUGGACAUCAAUUGCGUCGCUGCCGCGUCACCCGUUCCACUUGCCCCGGAUCUCGCUGCUCUUCUUGAAGCGCACACUUCUCAACCCUUCAAGUUCCGUUCGCACUUAGCAUCGUUCUCUUCGUAUUCGCCGUCCCAAGUCGCAGAUGCGUAUUCGCUCGUCGCCAUCCCAGAUUUACUGCGCUCGGUUCGUAUCGACCCUGUUGGCCAGCUAUUCGAUCCCCGCAAGAGUUACAUUCUCGUCGGAGGUUCCAGCGAGCUCGGCGGCGUGCAGAUCGAAGCUAUCGCAGCUGAUGCGGUCAGCAAGGACCAAACUGCUGCUGUCGUAGAACGAGCGAAGAAGGCUGGUCCUAUCGGCGGCCUCUUCGUCAUGACAGUUGUCCUGCGCGAUGCAAAGUUCACAAACCUUACGCAGCAAUCCUUUGACGACGUGUAUGGGUCUAAGGUCGCUGUUCUUAAUACCCUCAUCACCUGCAUCGAUCCCACCACCAUUGAAUUUAUGCUUCUUUUCUCUACUAUUGGUUCUGUCUUUGGUGAUGCCGGCCAAGCAGCAUAUUGCGCAUCUCAACUCUACCUUGACCGCAUAUCUGAUGAUCUACCCAAUACGAUUUCGAUGUCCUUCCCUCCCAUCACGGACUCCGCGCAAGUCUGCAACUUCAUUGGUGACUCUCUCGUUCGCCGUAUUACACACUAUGUCCCUAUGCUUGCUAUUAGCGAUAUUCCCGAUACCUUCCCGUCAUGCGGACCUUUGUUGUGCAGCCACCUUCUCCCUACGAAGUUUUUGGUGGCCAACAGUGCGGGAGGCAAUGGCAGUGACGUGGUGGAGUCGCCAGCGACCCUGCUUGCUGCCCUUCUUAGCAUGGACGUCGAGCAGAUCAUGGAUAAUGCCCUGAUCACGAGUUUUGGCCUUGACUCCCUCGGAGCCACGCGCUACAGCAAUCAGCUCCAGGCACGGCUUAACAUCCAAGUCAGCCAGAUCGAACUUUUGGGUUCGAUGACGAUUGCCAUGUUGAACGAGUUGUGUGCCAAGGUUGGCGCACAAGAUGGUGGAAGCGACACUGUUGCAGCGUCUGAUGAUGGGUCUGGAAAAUAUGGCGAACCUCUGGUGCCCGUCCUCAAUGACCGACUCGCAUAUGACGAACCUUACACGACCGGUGCCUCACCCCACCAAUACCGUAUCUGGUUGGCUUAG